GAUACUAAUCUUGUUUAUUAAAAAGAAUUAGAAAGAAACUUGAAAGCAUAAGCUUCAAGUAUUGAAAUAACAUUUGUCCCACCUCUUGACACCCUGUGUACAUGGUGCACAAACCUUCUAAGUUCGAGACUGGUCAUCACUGGUCAUGUUGUACAUGAUUUGGGAAUCUACUGUUAAUUAGUGAUGCCGUCCACCUUCCAACUAAACUAUGCCUUCCAAAGUGUCUGAUUCCCCAGUCACACAGUUUCGCAACUGUCGCAUUCUGUACAAGCACCAAAUCAUCAAGGAAGACCUAUGGGUACGAGACGGAAAGAUCCUGAAUCCUGAAUCCCUAUUCUUUGUGGAGAAAGGCUACGCUGACUAUCAGCUGAACUGUGAUAACUGCAUAAUAAGUCCUGGCUUCAUCGAUGCUCAAAUAAACGGUGCGUUUGGGAUUGACUUCUCCUCUGAUCCCGAUUCUCUUGCCAUUGGCCUGCAGAGGGUCUCCAAGAAACUCCUUGCCUAUGGCGUCACCUCUUACUGCCCCACAGUUAUCACAUCCAGCCCAGAAACCUACAGGCAGAUUCUUCCCCAGAUAAAAAGAACAAACGGAAGUCAUAAUGGUGCUGGUGUCUUAGGAAUCCAUUUAGAAGGGCCAUUUAUCAGCAAGGACAAGCCCGGGGCUCACCCCAUUGAGUUGAUUAAACACUGCGAACAGCCAUGCAGCUUUGAGGAGUUUCUACAAGUCUACCACUCACUGGACAACGUUGCUAUUGUGACCCUUGCCCCCGAAUCUUGCCAGUCAGCGGAUGUGGUGACGAGGCUGUCAAGAGAAGGAAUAGUCAUUUCACUAGGACACUCUGUGGCCAAUCUACCUCAAGCUGAGGAUGCCGUCAAGCACGGUGCUUCUUUUAUCACACAUCUCUUCAACGCCAUGCUACCUUUUCACCACCGUGACCCCGGCAUUGUUGGACUCCUUACCAGUGAUCAGGUCCCACCAGGUCAGACAAUCUUCUACGGCAUGAUAGCUGACGGCAUCCACACAAACCCUGCAGCUCUCAGGAUAGCGUACAGGGCCCACCCUGAAGGUAUUGUGCUGGUGACAGAUGCCAUAGCGGCUACCGGACUGCCGAGUGGCAUACACCAACUUGGCAGCGUGACCGUGCAAGUUGAUGGGGACCGGGCUUACGUGGCAGGAACACAGACGCUAUGUGGAAGCACCGCCAUGAUGGACAGCUGUGUGCGGCACUUCAAGCAGGCCACAGGUUGCACCACAGUGGAGGCCCUGGAAGCCGCCACCCUCCACCCUGCCCAGCUCCUCAACAUCCAUCACCUCAAGGGCACCCUGGAGUACGGCACCGACGCCGACUUCAUCCUCCUGGACGAGGGGCUGAACGUCAAGCGGACCUACAUAGGAGGCAAGAUGGUGUGGGAUGCUAGCCCCGCUGAGGAAAUGACAAGCAGGCCUUUCUUGUAAAUCACCAGUAAAAUGCGGUUGGCGUUAUUCUUGAGUCGGCCAUCUUGAACCGACAGCAAGGCAAUCCCUGUAUAGAUAUUCUGAAAAUUGAAUAUAUGUUGGAAUGAAGAUUAUGCAAUGGGGCAAAUUAUAGAUUACUGUCCGUGUGUUCCGAUGGGCAAUUCCAAAGUAUAGAUAAAGCAUCAGGUCGUCUUUAUGUUUUUGAAUAAAAGUUAAAAAAAAGCAAAACGGGGCUGUACCUUUAACUGUGGCCAAAUAGGCGUCUUCCUGUUCCGAGUGUUCACUGAACAAAGUGGAUUCAGGGAGUGCAAUCCAAACUGGCCAUGUGAAAAAAAGCCCAUUAAGCAUUAGGGGUAAGAUGCAUAUCAUUGCACCCUAUGGGGGUACAGCUCUUCCCAUAGGUGCCGUAUUACAUCCAACUCUUAUCCAAGACUCUGUGAUUCAUCUUAAUAAAUCACUUGUGAAUUUGAGAUAUACCUUGUGUCUUUAUGCCGACAUUUAAAUUGUGAAGCCUUACAUGUACUUGGAUGCAAAAACAGACACCAUCUACCAUUUUAUAUGCAUUACCAAAAUCCAUCUCGAAAUGAUCAGACAUCCACCUUGAGAAAAUAAACACAAAUCUUCAUUUAUUGAUCACUGAUAAAACUAAGUACAUUUUUUUGGCAUCCAGAUACCUUCAAAAUAACUUGUGGUUUAUUUCAUUUCACAGAGCAUACCAUGGCAUCAUGGCAAACUGCUCGGUGGGGAAUUACUCGUUGGAAAUACCUGUAUGCUUUAUACCUGAGUUUCAAGUUUUUAAUGACAAUCAGGAUUUCUUGUGUACAUGUACCUGUGUUUGCAGCAGGCACCUGGUUCCAAUAAAGCACAUUCCCCGCAAUUGGCCAAUCUGCACGAUUGCCCGUUCUCUCUGCACGAUUGGUUAAUCCAUCUUGAAAAUUCUCAUUUUACUUCCCCGUUUUUGAAAAAAUCUUCCACAGCCAUGACUUAGGAAAAACUAGCUGAUGGUCAGUUUAUUGACAAAUCGCGCAGUAAGAUUAACCAAUCGCAUAAGGAGGGCAGUGAUCACACAGAUCGACCAAUUGUGGCCAACACACCUGCAUGUAAGCAACAGCCCCGUUAAUCAGUUUGUAUCAAUGCACUCAGCAGUUUGUAGAUAGGAAUAUUUCUACAGCAGGAUUUGAACCACAGACAUUUCAACUUCCAUAUCAAGUCUCUUGUUCCUCCUAAGCGUUUCACAAACACUCUGUCUUCCUCCCUUCCGUAAGCUGUAGGCAUCCGUAAUUUAUGCAUCGAUUAAAAUUCCUCUUAGAGAAUCUUCCAAAAUCAAAUACUUCCUCUCUUCAAGAUCCCUCCGUCCAAAAUGUUUGGAACCGCUGGGCAGUUGAAGAAUGAUAAAGAUGUAUUUCCUUACCAUGAGAUAUGCACUAUAUACUGACACAUGCAGUGUAUACCAUAAGAACCACUGGUAUUUUCAUUGAAUUAUAUGUAAAUCCAGUUGCAUUUAUUUCAUGACCAGCUUUGAAGCAUUUUGAUAAGGGUAGUGCGGCACACGUAUCCCCAACCUUCCACGUUCUACUGACACUAAUUGCCUGAGAUAUACACAUAACUGGUUUGUUGGCUUACAGAAUGUAGAGUUGCUAUAUUUCGCAUGGAUUCCAUGUUGCAAAUUUGUGGAAAUUUGCAAUGUCGUUUCUUUGGUGUUUGUGGUUAUUGGCAAAUAAAAAAACUGGAAAGUCCAGAAUCAUAGUUUGA